AUGAGGUCAUACAACUUGACAUUAGAUGCUAUGAACUUUAACAACAACUUCACAACAACUAUUAACCCUGAAAUGCAAAGUUCUAUUAUGCCAUAUGUGAAAGUAUGGACUCAUACAGGAGGUCAAAAAACUCAAUAUACAAAUGGAGACCGUUCAAACUUUUGGCUUGGCAUUCCAUUUGCUGACUCAGAAGACUUUAUGGGUGGUAUUUCAACUGUUGGUACAGUUCAAAUACAAUAUACUGGUGACAGAGACGGUCCAGAUGAAUUGAGAGCAAAGAAGUUUACAAAACCAAUAGCACUUUUCACGGAAGAUGCUCUUUUGAAGAUUCGUUCGAUGAAACCUGCUGGGGCUCCUCAGAUUGGCAUAACGACAGCUUCCAUCGAGCAGAUUUUGGCAGCAGGUCAGUAA